AUGUCCUCAACUCCAAUCCAAAAGUCGGUCCCGCUGACAUGUUCCGGUCACACCCGACCCGUCGUGCACCUCGAGUUCUCGGACCUGCAAGACGACGGCACGUACUCGCUCCUCUCCUCAUGCAAAGAUGGCAACCCUAUGCUUCGGGACUGGCUCGGAGACUGGGUGGGCACCUUUUUGGGUCACAAAGGUGCCGUAUGGUGCGGUAAGCUCUCCGGCUCCGAUGCGAGUAUCGCCAUUACCGGAUCUGCAGAUUUCUCCGCCAAAGUGUGGGAUACCUUCACGGGUGAAUGCCUGCACACGUUUCCGCACAACCACAUCGUCCGGACGGUGGCGAUCGAUGGGCCGGGGGGGAAAGUGGUGACGGGCGGACACGAGAAGAAGGUGCGGCUGUUCGAUUUGGCCCGACCGGACGGGGUGGAGUAUUUGGUGGAUAAGGAAGGACUCGCGCACGCAGGGACGGUCAAGAGCUGCGUCUGGCACAGGAACGAACGGGAGGGCGUGGUGAGUGCGGGGGAGGACAAGGUGGUGAGGUGGUGGGAUACGAGGACGUUGACGAAGACCCACGAGAUGGUGUUCACCGAACCGAUCACGAGUAUGGAGCGAUCCACCGGACCUACUGGGGAGCUGCUGACGGUGACCAGUGGCAAAGAGGUCUACUUUAUCGACGCAGCAACGAGGCAGGUGAGGAAGAAACAUACCCUCAGCGUUCCCGUCAGCUCAGCGAGCCUCCACCCAACCUUGGCGGACAGAUUCGUCGCAGGAUCAAGUGGGGACGGCUGGGUAAGGAUCUUCGACUACGAAUCGGGCACAGAGCGCGAACUCCACAAGGGCCACCACGGACCCGCACACGCGGUGAGCUACAGUCCCGAUGGAGAGUUGGCUGCCAGUGGAAGCGAAGACGGCACCAUCCGACUCUGGCAGACGUGGCCGAGCAAGAAGUACGGUUUGUGGACGUAG